CGCGGCCGCGGUUUCAUCGCGCGGUCCUCGGGGUUUCGGUUAGGGUUGCGAGCGAAAAAGCGUAGAAUAGAUUCGCCGGCGAGCGACGCGCGGAAACGAGCGCGGGACGCACUGUCCGCCAUCCCCGAACACGAUGGAGUCCCACGUGUAGUUGCGAUGGUACGGUCUCGGAACUUUGGAGGGCAUCGCGGACGGUCCUACGUCGGGUCACCGCCGUCGGCGCGUGUGAUGUGACCUCCGCGCGAGCAGAUAAACACAAACUGCAGCUGCUGCGCGAGAAGCGAGAUUCCCGCCGAUGCGUUCGAUGCGUUCAAUCGAUGCAAACGUUAUUCACCCACCCCUCGGUUUCAACAUUUGAUCGCGUCCCCUUUCAACGGACCGAUGAACAUAGAACAUGUUGUUGGAAGCGCCCUGUCAGGUUGCGUGCACCGCUUAAACAGUCGCGCGUCGUCCGAGCUAAACCGCGCGCACAUUUAGCGCGGAGGCCGGAUCGACGCGCGCCCGCGCCUCACUCGAGCACGCACACACGCACGAUGCUCGCGCUUCGCAUCGCGAGGAACCUCUCCAGGUCCGCCCCCGCGGCGGUCAACGCCGGCGUCUCGCGCGCGUUCGCGUCGUCGCGCAUCGCCGCGAACGAAGCCGGAGCCGGGGAGGGCGAUCCGGUGAAGGAUGUGUUCACGCGCGUGCAGCGCGAUUUCCGCCGGCUCAUGGACGCGACCCCGGGCGUGAAGGUGCCCGUGGGCGGCUCGGAAGAGGAAAUCGCGAAGUUCGCGUGGAAGCGCUACGACGCCGCGUACGAGCUCGGGAUCCAGUCCCCCGAAGAGCUCGCGGCGGACGUCGCGGAGGCGCUGCGAAAGCCCGGGCAGUCCGCCAAGCAGUACCUCGAGAAAGUCGACGAGCACCGAGAGCGCUUCGGGUUCGAAGACACCGACGGGCUCUCCGCCGCGCUCAAGACCGCGGUCGCGGAGAUCGAGAAGAAGACGGGCCAGACGCUCAUGGUGGACGACGAGGCGGGCAUGGCGAAGCUCGCGGAGACCGUGGCGCCGCUCGUGGAGAACGUCAUGAGCGCGGACGAAGACGCGUUGGAGUCAGCGUCCAUCGAAGAAGCCGCCGCGGAGGAGCUGGCGGAGCUGGCGGAGCUGAAGAAGUCGAUGCGGCCGCCGCAGAUCGACGCGAAGACGGGCCAACCGAAAGAGCGCGCGACGACGGAGCAGAUCGUCGCGCGGGCGAAGGAGGCGAUCGAGAGCGGGAGGUUGAAACCGGCCCAGGCGGAGUCGCUGAGGAAGCUUCUCGCGCAAGGCCAGUGA